AUGGCUUACUACAUCUCCGUGAGCCUGCUGUCGGUCAUCGUGACAUUCUGUGGCAUUGUCCUUCUGGGCGUCUCCCUCUUCGUGUCCUGGAAAUUGUGCUGGGUGCCCUGGCGGGACAAGGGAGGCUCAGCAGUGGGCGGGGGCCCCCUGCGCAAAGACCUAGGCCCUGGGGUCGGGCUGGCAGGCCUGGUAGGUGGUGGUGGGCACCACCUGGGGGCUGGCCUGGGUGGCCAUCCUCUGCUGGGGGGUCCACACCACCAUGCCCACACUGCCCACCAUCCGCCCUUCGCUGAGCUGCUGGAGCCAGGCAGCCUGGGGGGCUCUGACCCCCCUGAGCCCUCCUACUUGGACAUGGACUCAUACCCAGAGGCUGCGGCAGCUGCAGUGGCCGCUGGGGUCAAACCGAGCCAGACAUCUCCUGAACUGCCCUCUGAGGGAGGUGCAGGCUCUGGGCUGCUCCUGCUGCCCCCCAGUGGUGGGGGCUUGCCCAGUGCCCAGUCGCAUCAGCAGGUCACAAGCCUGGCACCCACCACCAGGUAUCCAGCCCUACCCCGGCCCCUCACCCAGCAGACCCUGACCCCCCAGCCGGACCCUGGCAGUGACGAGCGGCCACCUGCCCUGCCCUUACCCUUGCCAGGCGGGGAGGAAAAAGCCAAACUCAUCGGGCAGAUCAAGCCGGAGCUGUACCAGGGGACUGGACCAGGCGGCCGGCGCGGUGGUGGGGCCCCGGGCUCUGGAGAGGCCGGCGUGGGGGCGCCCUGCGGCCGCAUCAGUUUCGCCCUGCGGUACCUCUAUGGCUCAGACCAGCUGGUGGUACGGAUCCUGCAGGCCUUGGACCUCCCAGCCAAGGACUCCAACGGCUUCUCCGACCCCUACGUCAAGAUCUACCUGCUGCCAGACCGCAAGAAAAAGUUCCAGACCAAGGUGCACAGGAAGACGCUGAACCCUGUGUUCAACGAGACAUUCCAGUUCUCAGUGCCCCUGGCUGAGCUGGCCCAGCGCAAACUGCACUUCAGCGUCUAUGACUUUGACCGUUUCUCGCGGCACGACCUCAUCGGCCAAGUGGUGCUGGACAACCUCCUGGAGCUGGCUGAGCAGCCCCCUGACCGCCCACUAUGGAGGGACAUCAUUGAGGGUGGCUCGGAAAAGGCAGAUCUUGGGGAGCUCAACUUCUCACUCUGCUACCUCCCCACGGCCGGGCGCCUCACCGUGACCAUCAUCAAAGCCUCUAACCUCAAAGCGAUGGACCUCACCGGCUUCUCAGACCCCUACGUAAAGGCCUCUCUGAUCAGCGAGGGGCGGCGUCUGAAGAAGCGGAAAACCUCCAUCAAGAAGAACACGCUGAACCCCACGUACAACGAGGCGCUCGUGUUCGACGUGGCCCCGGAGAGCGUGGAGAGCGUGGGGCUCAGCAUCGCGGUGGUAGACUACGACUGCAUUGGGCACAACGAGGUGAUCGGCGUGUGCCGCGUGGGCCCGGACGCCGCCGACCCCCACGGCCGCGAGCACUGGGCGGAGAUGCUGGCCAAUCCCCGCAAGCCCGUGGAGCACUGGCAUCAGCUGGUGGAGGAAAAGACUUUGUCCAGCUUCACGAAAGGCAGCAAAGGAUUGUCAGAGAAAGAGAACUCAGAGUGAGGGGUCUGGCCUAGGCCCAGGAUCGGACCAGGCCCCCUCAGGACCCCAUCCCUUCCUGCCCGGACCGUGAAUUCAUCUCCUUGAAGCCAUAACGUCCGAGCUUCGUGGUGCGGGGCAGCGCUGGGCCUGCCCGUCCUUCUACCCCGCUUGGCGUGAGGGUGGGAGGCAGGCGGGCCCGGCUCCCUGUUUCAGGGUGGGGGGCAUUCAGUCUCUACUGUGUCUGUCUUCCCUUCCCCAGGGCUCCCCUUCCAGGCAAGGGGCCAUGCAUGUCUGGGGGACCCCAGCCCCCAAAACCCUUCGUCUUUCUGUCUGUCUCUUUGCUGUUUGUCCAAGACGGUGUCCCGACCCUCGUUCUCUCUAUGAAUGUCAACAGACCAAUCCUCUGUACUCCCCCAGACACACACACACACACACCUGUGUCUACCCUUUCUGUUCAACACACCCUGCGUCUGGCCGAUUCCCCCACUGCUGCUGCUACCAACACCAGAAUAAACACACACCGUGGGUC